GCCUGUUACCAAGGUCAGAGGUAGUGAGGGACACACACAAAUCCAGUCUGUCUUAGAGGAUUCUAGUUUUUCAUGAAUUCCAGUUAGCCCCUGCAGGUUCCAAGCCUGUACUUGCUUUUAUCCAGGUCUAGCUUUCUACCCUGACUGCCAUUCUGUCUGACCUAUGGUGACUUCACAUUCAACACUAGAAUCAAAGACCGCAAACAGCUUUGAACAGACUUCUCAAUGAGCUCCCACAAUCAUGUAAGGUCUGAUGCCUCAUUCUCCAAUAGAACUUCUGUGAUGAUGGAAAUGUUUUGUAUAUGAGCUGCCCAACGAUAGCCACUAGUCACAUGCAUGUGGCUAUCGAGCACUUGAAGUGUACCUAGUGCAACCGAGAAACUACAUUUUUACUCUCAGUUCAUUUUAAUUCAUUUACAUUGCCACAUGUGGCUAGUGGCUACUAUGUUGAACAGCACAGAUCUGGUGCCUAACAAUAAAUCUGUCAUUCUUCAUCACUUAUAGUGGUUCUUUUUCUCUGGUUGAAUCCUGACUGGUGACUACAUGGGGAAAGAACAUGUAGACUGAAAGCCAUAGGUAUGCUAGGAACGAAGGGCUGGAGAACAGAAGGAGGUGGGUCCUGAGAGGCCCACCUACCUGUGACUGCUGAACUCCUUAUUCGAGAAAAAUAGACUCCCUGUGAACUUGUCCUUUGGGAGCCCCAUCUCCAUUUCAAUUCCCAGACCAAGUAUCAAGGUGAGCUAACAUAUUCAUGGCGAGCAAGCAGGCUGUGGUAAGAUGUGUUCUUCAACAGGUAAUUUUUUCUUUCUUCCACUGUGAGGACUUUUUCCCCUUGCCUGUUCCCUAUGCAGAUCCUUCCACCUCCCAGUCUUCCUCCCGUCCCCAAGUGACUAUGACCUUCCUCACAGAAUAGAAUUACCCCUUUUCGACCAUCAAACUGGAUUUUUUUGUUGUUGUUUUAAACACCAGCCCAUUUUCAGGAGUCUGCAACUGUGACACGUUUGUCAGCCCUAGUUUCUUUAACUUAGUAAUACACUUUACCAGGAAUGGGUCUUUCCAAAUGUGCUCUGCACAGUUAACAUGAAAAGAUUAAUCCUGAGCAACAUUUUCUCUCAGGGCCGAUCUUGAGUGCAGAGCCGCCGUGCGGUGCUUUCCGGCUGUGUUCACAAACACAAUUCCACACAUCAGGAACAUUUCUCUUUUUUCUUUUCAUUCUUGCUUGCUUGCUGAAACGAGUGGUUAGCCGUUCUGGUGUUGACACAGGAAAAGGCGAAAUGCUGGCAACCGAAUCAAAGCCGACAAUGCAACAGGCAGCUCAGCGGCGCGCCUGGUUCGGUUCCUCACACCCACCAGGCGUACUUUCAACUUCCUCCCAAUUUUGGUCCCGGCCCCUUGGCUUAUCUUCCUGAGAAUGUUAAAAGAAAAGAAAAAAGAAAAAGAACACUGAUCUUACUGCAAGCUGUCUUUAGGGUCUGUUGUUCCCUUCUUAUGCACACGGCUGGGACUGGUCCUCCUAACUUCUCCAUUGUCUGGUGAGUCACUCUUGCUUUCCCGUUUUCGCCUUCCGUGAAUUCUGCGCACACCCCACAAGUGCCCCGCUCUCGCUCCCAGCGCUCCGCCUGGGCUCAACGCUUCCUAGCCGUGCGGCUUCCAGCACCCACUCCCCAGGGUUUGGGUGGGAGCGGGGCCACAGCGCAGCUCCAGCCCAGCGCCCGCGGGGCCGGGCCGGGCCGGCGUUCGGGGUCGGGGCCGUCUCCUCCCCUCUCCCCGCUGAGGACCUUGCAGUGAACUCGCAGUGCCCCCACGGGGUGGGACGCGCGCGUCCCAUCUCUGGGGCGGCUUGCGGGCGCUAGCCCUGGGGACGGUGACUCCGCUUCUGAGUCCGUCCCCAGGCGGGUGCGGAGUGGUGGCGGCCGCCCCCUGGGCGCGGGGCCGUGGCCGAGAGGAGCCCGGAUCGGCAGAGGAGCCCUGAGCGCCGCCCGGAUGCUGCAGCCUAGUGGCCUCUCCCGGAGCGACGCGAGCCCUGGGGCCGAGCCUGCCCUGGGCGCGCUGGGGGCCGGAAGGGGGCUCUGGACUUGGAUCCCUCCCCCUUUCCCUCUGCGUGCGGGAGCGCUCUCAGACCCUCCUCCUCCCAGGUACGAGCCGGGAGAGGAGGGCGCCGCUCUCCUGCCGGCGCUCCACCAUGGGCAAUAUCUCCAAUGACUCCUGGCCCGAGGACUGCGGGUCCCGGCAGUGGCUCCCCUCCGGCGAAAGCCCGGCCAUCAGCUCGGUGAUGUUCUCGGCCGGGGUGCUGGGGAACCUCAUCGCUCUGGCGCUGCUGGCGCGCCGCUGGCGGGGGGACGCGGGACGCAGCGCGGGACGCGGGAACUCGGUCUCCUUGUUCCACGUGCUGGUGACAGAGCUGGUGUUCACCGACCUGCUUGGGACCUGCCUCAUCAGCCCGGUGGUGCUGGCUUCCUACGCUCGGAACCAGACCCUGGUGGCUCUGGCGCCUGAGAGCCGUGCGUGCACCUACUUCGCCUUCGCCAUGACCUUCUUCAGCCUGGCCACGAUGCUCAUGCUCUUCGCCAUGGCCCUGGAGCGCUACCUGUCCAUCGGGCACCCCUACUUCUACCAGCGUCGUGUCACGCGCCGCAGCGGCCUGGCAGUGCUGCCCACCAUCUACGCCGUCUCCCUACUCUUUUGCUCGCUGCCGUUGCUGAACUACGGGCAGUACGUCCAGUACUGCCCCGGGACGUGGUGCUUCAUCGAGCACGGCCAGACUACGUACCUGCAGUUGUAUGCCACCCUGCUGCUCCUCCUCAUCGUCGCGGUGCUCGCCUGCAACUUCAGCGUCAUCCUCAACCUCAUCCGCAUGCACCGUCGGAGCAGGAGAAGCCGCUGCGGGCCCUCCUUGGGCAGCUGCCGGGACGCCCCUGGGGCCCGCAGGAGAGGGGAAAGGCUGUCCAUGGCGGAGGAGACAGACCACCUCAUUCUCCUGGCUAUUAUGACCAUCACCUUUGCUGUGUGCUCCUUGCCUUUCACAAUUUUUGCAUACAUGAAUGAAACCUCUUCCCGAAAAGAAAAGUGGGACCUCCAAGCUCUUAGAUUUUUAUCCAUCAAUUCAAUAAUUGACCCUUGGGUCUUUGCCAUCCUUCGGCCUCCUGUUCUGAGACUAAUGCGUUCAGUCCUGUGUUGUCGGGUUUCAUUAAGAACACAAGAUGCAGCACAGACUUCCUGUUCUAUACAGUCAAAUGCCAGUAAAUAGAUUGACCUUUGUGGACAGUAGUUAAGAAGUGCUUAGUUAGCCAGCAUCUGGAAGAUCAUUUUGAAAUGGCUCCUUGGAGAAAUGAAAAAAGUUAGUUUAUAAACAAAGUGAAGCUACCCUAAUAAAACGGAGUAAACAAACGUUUCAGCAGCAGUUUGUGUUAUAGAGGUGCUGACAAGGCACUUCACAGAAGGUGUCAGGAGAAUACAUAAAAGCUGCCCUCGAUGAGCAUGUUACAUGGCCUUUGAGAAAAAACCAACUGCAUUUAGGAUCCGGUUGCCUUUUGAUUUAAGCUUUCCUGUUGAAUGAGAGCAUAUGUGGUUUUGUAAUUUGUUUAAAACCCUAAGUAGUUACUGUGUGUUCGAUUUCAAUCAUCUAUGCUACUGCCGCUGUAAACAUACGGUGCACAGUCAGGCCAGAGAAAACUUCACAUGUGUUCUCUACGACGUCCAUACGAGGAAGCAACCACGCCUGGUGUCUUGUGAUUGCUUAAGAAACCCUUUGUUUGGCCAGUGAAUUUGGAAAUCACAGGCACUUUGUAGUGUCGUAUUUGUGCACGUGGGAGGACUCCCUCGUCACUACAGUAUUAUGCGUGGAAGAGUAAGUAAGCUCAGCUGGUUAACGUCACCUUCUCACUACUCCUCCGGAAGCUGGGUGUCAAAGUAUCGGGUUAUUUAUUUUAUAAUGUCCGUUGUGCCGACAGUAAUGAAGAACACUUUCGGAAUUUUCCUCUCAACAAGAAAUAAUAGGCUAUUGAGAGAGUUAAUUCUGAUUAAUAUUCUUCAUUCUAUUUCCAGGGAGAGGCUAUGGGGCUCUGUCUGCAACCAUGUAUUAGAAUUAAGAAUGGAAAAAUCUGAUCAAUUCUCAGUAAACCCUGAAACUCUUCUAAGGCUCAUGCUGAGGCUGUGACUAACAUCUACUUUAUAAGGUGACUGUUGUAGCAAAACUCAUGCAUCUAAGUUUUUAUCCAGGAAACAUGGUUUGACUCAUACUAUAUAGGAAAUAAUGCAACAGUGAGUCAUAUCUUAAUAUGUUUCUAAAUCUAAAUGUUUGCCAUGGUAUAAAAAUAUACCAGCAUUAAAAUAUUUCAGCAAAUUUGCACUGCUUAAUCAUCUUAGUUCCUGCAUAAACUCAUCUGAAAUGUCACAGAAAUAAACUAUGAAACAAAAAUUUAGAAAUGGAAGAGUGUUGAGUUCCCCCAAAUAACAGUUUAUAGAGUAGAUAUAUUUUUUAGUGAGAUAAAAGUGGAAAAAUUAUAUUUAUUUUGGCAAGUUUUUAGAAGUAUGGUUUCAUUGUAAUUUAAAUGUUAAAAUAGUCAGUAUAGUACUUGGUAUUCGAGUCUUUUUUUUCCUUACAGCAUGAUCUUCAGAAUAGUAGAAACACCUUAUUUAUUUAUUUAUUUUGCAGUGUGUUAUUACAGGAUAGCUAUUAUAAAAAACCAAAAAGGGGAUGUCAGUUUUUUCCAAGGUCUCGUUGAGUUGCUUACGCAAAACCAUUUCCUAUAAGUAGUUAUCAAACUAGGUGAUCACUUAAAGUGAUUCCAAACCAAUCUAGCAUCAGUAUAUUUUGACACAAUCUAUGUCAAAUCAGCUCUUAUUUUUAAAAGAAUAAAUAAAUGGUUUGCUUUCCUACUGAUUUAAACAAACCAGGCAAAAUUUAACUUAACUGAAAUCUGGACAUGUAAAUAAAUCUUCCCUGCAAACAAGUAUUCUGAAGUUAAGAAAUUGCUCUAAACAGGACUAAUAAUUAUACUCAUGGGUAAUUCCUAAACAUAAAAUUCUAACGUUACUUUGAAUAUGAAAGAUUGAUUUAUAAGAUGACUAUUUUUUCCUCCAAAUGAAACCAAAUGAAAAUGUUAACUACAGUCCUUCUCUUCACCUCACCAUCAACCCAAAAUUCUGAAAUAAUGCCUGAGAACCUUAAAAAACAAACAAAAAACAAGAAAAAGCAUAGUUGGACAUAGUAUCUCUAGUGGGAACAAAAUGAUUUACUCUGGGGGCCCAAUACAUAAAAGUUUAAGCCAUUUAUUUAAGAACUGGUAGAUUUCUAGAGCUUUGUUUCCUGAUGUACUCCUGUUCCUUGUACUGUAUUAAAUGGCUGAGUCCUGUUGUUCUGUUUGCACAUACACAGAAGGAAUUAAAUGUAAAAAUCCUGUGUAAUAGACAAUCACCUAUUAUUAAUGGCAAUUUAAAGGUAACAGAAAAAAUUAGAUGGGUAAAUAUUUCCUUUCUAAAAAUCCCAUCACAUCAGACAUAUCUGUUCACGUUUACUCAUUUUCAACUUAAAUGAAAAACACGGAGCUUAGCCUCGUAUGUCAGAGAAUUGAAUUGUGAUAAAAGAAGAUGCAGGUUUUAUUUGUUGUCCCCGACAGUCAUUGGGGUGAAAAGGGAAAAACUAUAGCGGAUUUUCACUUCAGAAUCCCAGCUCUGACGUUAGGCGUCCAGAAUUGGAUGGGCCAGAGUAGCCUGCUCUGAGCCAAAUCGUUCCCAGUUCCCUGUGGCCUCAGGUCAUGUUUCCCAAGAGGGAACUGGAAAAUUCUGGUACUAACUUACGGCCUUGAACAUCCAAAGAUCUGAUAGAAGAUACAGAAAGCCUCCAAAAGACCUGAAUCUCAAAGUGGUUUGGACCCAUGACAACGUAGAACCAGAACAAAGCUCUAGAAACUGCGCCAACCCAAAACCACCAUGCUGGCAGAGGCUGUAAGCCCUGAGCGGCAAGCAGGGAAAAUCCGAUCGGUAUCACUGCAGUCUCAGUGUAAUUCACUUACAUUCUUGGCACCCCUGUCUGCUCAUGUCGGUGCGCUUUGAAAGGGUUGUCCUAAUGUUCGUGUAAUGUCAGCUCUGAUUUGGAUCAAGAAAAAACCCAACAUAUUCAGGGGUAAACUUUAGUGUCAUUGAAACGCAGGGGAAAACAAUUAGCUUGCACUUAUGUAAAGAUUUAUUUCGUUUAGCCAAAUCUCAUGGUUUUCUGAAUUUAGGAAGAGCCCCCGCUUGAGCCAUUUACAGAUGGAGAUGCAGUCUUCUCUGCAAAUGAGAAGUUUGUAUGUGUGGACAUACAGUGCCUACGCAUGCAGGUGGUAUUACAACUUAAAUAUUGACGACUAUCUUCUGCCUCAUCAAACACUUAACUUCAUUGGAUUUCCUCUCUGAGUACACGUUUAUAAAUACCUCCAAUCACCUAACAGCAUUAUAAUUGAUUUUUUAAUUUACAAAGCAUUGUGAUCAACUUAAGUACACACUGUGGAAAUAAAUGUUAUUCUAGCAGCUCACUAAAGUUAUAGUCUAUACAGGGGACCAAAGUCAUGUAUUGGGCAUUAAUUUUCUAUUUCAGAAAGUUACUCUUUUUUUGGUGUUUUGUUGGUAUCUUUCACAAUUCCUUUCAUUGUUAAGUACAUUUUCUUGAAUUACAUUUUGUAUUCCCUCUAAAAUGAAUGUACUAUUAAAGUUCAGUUGGGGUGGUUUAA